AUGCUAGAAAUUGACAAAGCUAAUGACCAAGUGAUAAUGAUGACCUUCCAAGUUGGACUCAACAACCUCGAUCUUGUCUUUUCAUUAGGGAAGACGCCGCUAGCCUCUAUGACGGAUCUCCUGUUCAAAGCUCAGAAGUACAUAAACGAAGAGGAUACCCUUAUUGCGAAGGGGCUAAUAGGAAAACAGAAGAAGGAAGAACCUGGUGAUUCUCAUGGUAAGAAGAAGGAUCAUAAAGACUCAUAUUCUGAGACUAAGGCCAGCAAGAGUAGUUUUGAAACCCCAAAGAAGAAGAUGAACUUCACCUUAUUAGUGAUGCCCGCAAACAAAAUCCUAAUGCAGAUUAAUGAUGAACUAGGACUAAAAUGGCCCAAGCCGUUAAGCACCUCCUCUAGGAAUCGUGACUCGAAGAAAUACUGUCGUUUUCACAAGGAUCACAGCCAUUACACUGACGAAUGUCACAAUCUGAAAGAACAGAUAGAAGAAUUGAUUCAAUGGGGAAAACUCCAAAAGUUCAUAAAGAGGGACCACCAUCUCUGA